UUUUUUUUUUCUUUAUACAAAAUAAAUGAUUUGAUUUCUUUUUCUUUUCUUUAAACAAAACAAAGCAUCUAUUUUAUAUAUCAACAAACCUAUUUUUCCUUUCUUUUCAUUUAUUUAUUCCCUUUUUAUAAAAAGCAAAAAAAUAAAAAAAAAUUCAAAUUUAUAACAGUAAAAACGAAUUACUAGCGGCAACAAACGACUCUUCAGUUGCUUAUAUCAAGAGCGAUAGUCAUCGUCAUCCGUUGCAAUUGAUGGGUUUCCCAGUUAAUUCACAAUAUCAACUCUAUUUAUUAUGCUGGUAAAAGGAAAAAAAAAAAAACCAAAAAUCUUGCUAAAAGUUUUAAUUAAUAAAAUGAAUGCUUAUGUAAUCUAUAUUCUGCAGCUUUGUAUCACUUGGGGGUUUUAUGUAUGGCUAUGAUAAUGGAGUUAUUACAUCUAUCUUUACUAUGGCAUCGUUUCAACAUUCUUAUGGAAUAAAUCCUAAUUAUGGAGCAGGAUAUGCAGUUGUACCUAUUGCAUUGGCUGCAUCCAUGGUAGCCUCAUUUCUUUCAGGUCUUAUUGCAGAUCGAUUAGGAAGAAAGAAAUUAUUUUUUAUUGCUACUAUUAUACACGAAAUAGGCAGUAUAAUCGAAAUUGCAAGUCAUAAUAAAGUAUCUUUUUUAAUAGGUCGAAGUAUUACAGGAUUUUCUCUUGGUAUCUUUAGUAUGCUUAUUCCACUCUAUCAAAGUGAAAUUGCUAAACCACAAAAUCGUGGUCGUCUGAUUACUAUUUAUCAAAUCUUUAUCACAUUUGGAUUUUUUGUUGCCUUUUGGUUAGGUGCAGGUACUUUUCGAAUCUCUACAAAUGCUUCUUGGAAAAUACCUAUUGGGUGUCAACUUGUACCAGGUCUUUUAAUGCUUAUCGGUCUCUAUUUCAUUCCAGAAUCACCUCGCUGGUUAAUUUAUAAAGACCGUAAUGACGAAGCUCUCAAGAUAUUAGCUCGUCUAAGAUCUCAUGGAAAUGAACAUGAUGUAGACGUACAAAUGGAAUUUACAGGUAUUGCUCAAGACUCCUCCUUUGAUAAGCUUACUUAUACGACUCCGAGGUUCUUCCUGCUCUUAAAAAAAGGUACAGAAAACAAUCGAAAAAGAACUUUACUUGGCAUGGGUGUACAUACCUUUAGUCAAUUAUCUGGCAUUAAUGCUAUCUUAUUUUAUUUACCACAUAUAUUAGAAUCAGCAGGAAUUAAAGAGCUUUAUUCAGCUAUGGUAGGAAAUGGAGUAGGUGGUGCAGUCAAUUUUAUCGCAACAUUGUUUGUGUUAUUUUAUAUUGAUAGAUGUGAUCGUCGAGUUAUUUUAAUAGUUGGGGCUUUAGCAAUGGCUAUUUGUAUGAUCACGAUUACUAUCAUUUCAGCCCUUUUCAAUCAAAGAUUCGUUCAUAGUAAUGAUCAAACAUAUGCAGAUGAUGUUCUGAGUACCAUUGAUAAUCCAGUUGUAAGUUAUGCUAUUCUAGUCUUACUUUGUGUCUUUAUAGGCUUUUUUGCUCUAAGUUGGGGCCCAAUAGGUUGGAUCUAUCCUGCAGAAAUAUAUCCUCAAAUGAUUCGUGCUAAUGCUUUAGCUGUCACUACCUCUUGUAGUUAUCUAUUUAAUUUAUUUGUUUCUUUAGUAUCUCCUAUCAUGUUUCGUUAUAUUCUUUGGGGAACUUAUCUAUUCUUUGGUGUCAUGUGUUUCAUAAUGGCAAUCGUUAUUAAAAAAUUCUAUCCUGAAACAAGGGGUCGGUCAUUAGAAGAAAUUCAACUGAUAUUCAGUGGGGCACUUAUCGAUCAAAGACCUGACGCACAUCAUCCAGCUACAGCAGCAGAAGCAUUAUUGCAUCUAGAACAGAUCCAGCAUCGUAAUACUUUGAAUCAACAAUCUUCUUUUGAAUGGUCAAAUAAUAUGAUUGUCUCUAAGCCUCUUCAUGUCACUCGUAUCCUUUAUCCACAACCUUCUUUUUCUACUUCCUCCUCAACAACCUCUAUCGUUUCUUGUAAAUCUUUAGUUAUUGAAUCUAAUCCGAAUAAUCAUUGUUCAACAUCCUAGUAUGUCUUUUCGCUUUGCUUUUUUUUUUCUUUUUUUCUUUAUAUGUAAAUAUUUUUUAUGUACAGUUUAGCAAGUAAUAUUAACGUAAAUAAUUUAAAGAAGAGCUAUUCAAAUGUAAAAAGCUAUUCAUAAAUAAAUAAAUAAAAUAAAUAAAAAAAAGAGCACAGACAUCAUUAAAUUUAC